ACACAUUUUUCGUUUUUUCUCAAUUCAAUCUUUUCACCAUUAAUCUCUCGCUGCCCAUGACGAGUGCGUCUUCAUGUUACGCGUCUCCGUUACGCGAUUAUCUAGUGGUAGCGUGCAUGUCCGGCGGCGGAGACCGACUUGCUCUAUCCGAUACUAGGACUAGCCGCCGGAGGAAACUUGUUAAAAAAUGCUCCGCCUUUACUUCUCCCCAAGGAUCCGCCGGUCUUGUGAGUUCCUGUAACAACAAUGCCUUGUCUUCCCUCUUCGAAUCGAAUAACACUUACUUCAAUCGAAAACAGAGGAGAUUCAAUCGAGCAUCUUAUACCUCUGGGCAAGUCACGCUAGAGAUGGAGAAGGAAGCAAUGGUUAACAAGAAACCUCCUUUGAAGUCACGACGCGUUGUUGUGACAGGUAUGGGAGUUGAAACACCAUUAGGUCAUGACCCACAUACCUUUUAUGAUAAUUUGCUACAAGGCAUCAGUGGUAUUAGCCAAAUUGAGAAUUUUGAUUGCUCUGCAUUUCCUACAAGAAUCGCUGGAGAAAUUAAAUCCUUUUCGACCGAAGGAUUGGUUGCUCCAAAACUUUCGAAAAGGAUGGACAAAUUCAUGCUUUAUCUUCUAACCGCUGGCAAGAAAGCGUUGGCUGAUGGUGGAGUAACUGAGGAUGUAAUGGCAGAGUUAGACAAAUCCAGAUGUGGAGUUUUGAUUGGCUCAGCUAUGGGAGGCAUGAAGAUCUUUUAUGAUGCGCUUGAAGCUUUGAAAAUAUCUUACAAGAAGAUGAAUCCUUUUUGUGUGCCUUUUGCGACGACAAACAUGGGAUCCGCUAUGCUUGCCAUAGAUCUGGGAUGGAUGGGUCCAAACUACUCUAUUUCAACUGCAUGUGCCACUGGAAACUUCUGUAUUUUGAAUGCAGCAAACCACAUUAUUAGAGGUGAAGCUGAUGUAAUGCUCUGUGGUGGCUCUGAUUCAGUUAUUAUUCCAAUAGGGUUGGGAGGUUUUGUUGCCUGUCGUGCUCUUUCACAACAGAAUGAAGAUCCCACCAAAGCUUCACGUCCUUGGGAUAGUAAUCGGGAUGGUUUCGUCAUGGGAGAGGGAGCUGGAGUUCUGCUUUUAGAAGAACUUGAGCAUGCCAAGAAAAGAGGAGCAACUAUAUACGCGGAGUUCCUUGGUGGUAGUUUCACAUCUGAUGCAUAUCAUAUAACUGAACCACGUCCUGAUGGUGCUGGGGUCAUUCUCUGUAUCGAGAAAGCGCUAGCUCAUGCCGGGAUUUCUAAGGAAGACAUAAAUUACAUAAAUGCUCAUGCUACCUCCACACCAGCUGGAGACCUUAAGGAGUACCAAGCCCUUGCUCACUGUUUUGGCCAAAAUCCCGAGCUAAGGAUAAACUCAACAAAAUCUAUGAUCGGACACUUGCUGGGAGCUUCUGGAGCCGUGGAGGCUGUUGCAACCAUUCAGGCAAUAAAAACAGGAUGGGUUCAUCCAAAUAUCAACCUAGAGAAUCCAGACAAAGCAGUGGAUACAAAGCUGCUGGUGGGUCUUAAGAAGGAGAAACUGGAUAUUAAAGCAGCCUUGUCAAAUUCUUUCGGGUUUGGUGGACAUAACUCUAGCAUCAUUUUUGCUCCUUACAAAUGAAAGGCGAAAGGUCCAAUGCUGUGUACUCCAACUUUAUCUGUGUAACUUGCUGUAAGUGUGUACAAGAACUUCCCAUUUUUUUUUUCCGUAGUGUUAUGUUCAGGAUUCGAUUAGCUUUACACAAAGAGUUUAGGCAAAGUUUCUUCAGGCAACACAAAAGAAGAUCUUAGGAAUGGGCCAUAGAUUGUGCCAAAGACGGAACAUCCCAGGAGGAGAGAGGGCAGAGGUAGCUGAGUUUUGGGUUUGUCAUGACCAAAUUGUUCUUUAUGUAUGAUACAACUAUAUUACUUCAGAUCUCAUUUUGGUUUGUAAUAUUGAAAUCUUUUGAGCCUCGUUCUUUUUUUUAUUACGAAAGCUCUACCAAGCUAAUACCUCGGUUUUAACAAUGAAGUUGCAAAUUAACU